GUUUCAAGCUCUUCUAAAGCUGACGCCGGGUUGCUCUCCGUGGAAGGCAUGCAUUUUUUAUGUACAGCAAGCUUAUCCCUCCUACCCAUCUUCUUCCGACUAUGCUACUUCCAACAAUUAUAAGGUAACAAUAAUAAUUUCAGGAUCUUAUAAUUUCGGAGUUUAAAAUUAUAUGAUGAGAAGAAAAACGACACAAAUUAAUUAAAUAACCAAAAGUAUGCCCACUCAAACAAAAGAUAAUCAAAAUCGCCCUAGAACAACAGUCAUUUAGCUUCCUAGCUAGCUAUUAUUAAGUUGCUCCAAGCCCCACGAAUUGAUGAAUGAAUAAACCAUCCCAGAGAGUGUUAAAAAUAGAGAUGUCUCCGUUACCUAUCUUCAUAGCUGUCUUCUCCUUCUUUGCAUUAUCAGCCUGUAUGAGUAGUGCUACUACAGCGCCCCAAACGGCCGCCCCUUGCAGCACUCCCUUCCGCCUGUUCGUCCGCCAAAACUACAACAUCACCAACUGCAGGAAACUCGCCACCCUAGGAGCGGAAUUCGCCUGGGAGCUCAUCCCGGGAAACCGCUCCCAGUUCCAGGUCAUCUUCGGCGCAAGGCUCUCCGACGACGUGGCCUGGGUGGCUUGGGGAGUCAACCCAACUCGCCCUAAGAUGGUCGGGACCCGAGCCAUGAUUGGCGUCCGAGAUCUGGCCACCGGAUUGUUCAGGGUGGCACCGUACAAUGUGACUUGGCAGACAAGGAAGCGGUGUGGGCUGCAUCCCAACUGGGGGAUUGACGUGGAGUUUCGUAAUGCGUCGAUGGAGUACUUGAGCGGGAUUGAUUACUAUGCAAUGCGGGCCACGGUGGGGCUUCCCUCCGCUGCUGCCAUGGCCGGAUCGACAUACAACGUGUCGCGGCUGAACCACGUGUGGCAGGUCGGGUACAGUGCGGAGGGAAUGGAGCCCCGGAUCCAUCCUGUGUCGGACCUUCAGCACUUUGACAGCAAGGAGACCAUCGAUUUGAGGACCGGUGCCAUCCGCCUGCAGGCCGGUCGUCACCGCCGCUAUCUUAGAACGGUUCAUGGAAUUCUAAGCAUGAUAGGAUGGGGGACAAUUUUGCCAGUGGGAGCCAUCAUAGCUAGAUACUCGAAAUUCCCUGUUGAAGCCGGCUACCCUCGGUGGUUCUUGGCCCACAAGUCAUGUCAACUUGUUGGCUACGGAAUGGGCAUCGCCGGCUGGAUCCUCGGCAUCUUGCUCGGCAAUUCCUCAGUGUUGUACGCCAUGAAAGUCCACCGUCUCUACGCCAUCUUCAUCUUGGCUUUCGCUACUCUUCAAGUGACGGCGUUGUUUUUCAAACCGGGUAAAGGGGACGAGUACCGGAAGUACUGGAACCUGUACCACCAUUUUCUAGGCUACGGCCUGCUGUCUGUGAUCGUCAUCAACAACUUCAAAGGGAUUGCGAUCCUGAAACCCAACUACACGUGGAAAUGGGCGUACAUCGGCAUUUUGGCAUGCCUCGCCGGCGUCGCUCUGGCCAUGGAGUUGUGGAGCUGGAUUAAGUUCAUGAAGAUGAAGAAGGAGAGUAAUGGUAUCAUACGGCCAAAUUAUCAAGUUCCUGCUAGCAGCAGCACAUAUGGGAAAGCGCCCAGUACUGCCGGCGGGGAACAACUCGAGCACAAAUGAAAAACCCGAGUAGUCGUCGGAUCGGACUUUCACCUAGUCGUAGGAGUAAGGACCAGCUGGAUUUCGGUUGGACUGGUUAAGGUUCGUUGAUAUUUUGUCAACUUGAACUAUGAUGGGUCCCGAGUCGGAUGGUUUGUUCGGUCAGAUUCCAUUUUGAGUUUUUGACACACCUCUGUUUAACAAAAGAAAUUUGCAAAG